GUUUUUACCUUUGAAGACAAUGUUAGGACCAAGAUAUGAUGACCAGGUUGCUGAAGAAAACCGUUUUCACCCAAGUAUGUUGUCCAACUACUUAAAGAGUCUGAAGGUUAAAAUGGGUUUGCUGGUGGACCUGACCAACACCACUAGAUUCUAUGAUAGGAAUGAUAUAGAGAAAGAGGGGAUUAAAUAUAUAAAACUUCAAUGUAAAGGGCAUGGWGAGUGCCCAACACUUGAGAAUACAGAAACGUUUAUCCGCGUAUGUGAACACUUCAGUGAUAAGAACCCCUCAGAGCUUAUAGGUGUCCAUUGCACACACGGUUUCAAUAGAACUGGAUUUCUGAUCUGUGCCUUUUUGGUGGAGAAGUUGGACUGGAGUGUUGAGGCAGCUGUGGCCACUUUUGCUCAGGCCAGACCACCGGGCAUUUAUAAAGGUGAUUAUUUGAAGGAAUUAUUCCGACGUUACGGAGAUGAAGACGAUGCCCCUUCACCACCGGAGCUACCGGAAUGGUGCUUUGAUGAAGAUGAUGAUGAGGAGGACGAUAAUGGUAAAAUAGGAGGCCAAGAAUCAGAACCUGGCUCSUCAAGCUCUUCUUUUGGCAAAAGAAGAAAAGAACGCCUAAAACUGGGUGCAAUUUUCUUGGAAGGAGUAACAGUUAAAUCUGUGACCCAAGUGACAACGCAACCAAAGUUAGGAGGGAUACAGCAAAAAUGUCAACAGUUCUGUGGAUGGGAAGGGUCUGGAUUCCCUGGAGCACAGCCUGUUUCUAUGGACAAGCAAAAUAUUAAAUUUUUAGAGCAGAAGCCAUACAAAGUUAGCUGGAAAGCAGAUGGCACUCGGUACAUGAUGCUGAUUGAUGGCAGAAAUGAAGUUUACAUGAUUGAUAGAGAUAACUCAAUUUUUCAUGUAUCAAAUUUGGAAUUUCCAUUUCGUAAAGAUCUUCGCAGUCAUCUAGCAAAUACUCUUCUGGAUGGGGAAAUGAUCAUCGACAAAGUUAAUGGGCAGGUUGUCCCUCGGUACUUGAUAUACGACAUUAUUAAAUUUAAUGGGCAGCCAGUUGGAGAUUGUGACUUCAGCAUUCGGCUUUCCUGUAUAGAGAAGGAGAUUAUAUUUCCCCGGCAUGAGAAGAUGAAGGCUGGUCAUAUUGACAAAGCGCAGGAGCCCUUCAGUGUUCGGAACAAGCCAUUCUUUGACAUCUCCAAUGCAAGAAAGCUCCUUGAAGGAAACUUUGCUAGAGAAGUUAGUCAUGAAGUGGACGGACUGAUUUUUCAGCCUACAGGAAAAUACAAGCCUGGCCGAUGCGAUGAUAUCUUGAAAUGGAAGCCACCCAGCCUGAACUCGGUUGAUUUUCGUCUAAAGAUAACAAGAGUUGGUGGAGAAGGGCUGCUCACCCAGAAUGUUGGUCUUCUUUAUGUUGGAAACUUUGACAGACCUUUUGCACAAAUUAAGGUGACAAAAGAGCUGAAACAGUAUGACAAUAAAAUUAUAGAGUGCAAGUUUGAAAACAACUGUUGGGUCUUCAUGAGGCAGAGAAUAGACAAGAGCUUUCCAAAUGCAUACAGCACUGCCAUGGCCGUGUGCAACAGCAUCCAGCACCCGGUGACGAAAGAGAUGCUCUUCGAGUUCAUAGAGAGGUGUACGGCAGCUCCGCAGGGGCCGGUGCGGAAGCACCACCUCGACCCCGACACAGAACUCAUGCCGCCGCCGCCGCCCAAGAGGCCGCGCAGCGUCACAUAAGGCUGGGCCCGCGGCCGGCGCCUCCGCAGCCCUGCACGAGCCAGCAUGAGUGCUGGGGGAAACAUUAGGGCUGAAUUGCUGUAAAUACUUAGGUGUGCCUCUUUUUGAUUUCCUUUUUGUUUGUUUGUUUGUUUUGUUUMUUUUCCGAUUCCACAUCAUGAAUGGACAUUGUUUUGUAACUGAAAAAUUCAGCCCUAUGUUGUGGUAUCCGGAGAUGAAAAUUCCAAAGGUUUAGACAAGAACAGUACAAUGGAAUCAAUGGAAAGCUGCCUCGCUUCUAUAUGGAAAUCUUUUCACCUUUAAUUUAUAAUGUCCACGAUCUGGAACUGAGAAAACAUUGGGAUGCUGUACUUUUUAAAAGCUAUGUUUAAAGCAAAAAAGAAGUGUUUUUUUUUUAAUUAUUGUUAUUCAGCUGGUUGGAAUUUGUCGUUCAUAGUUUAAUUUAUCAUAGUUUCCCUGCAUUUCUGAGACUUGUGUCUAACAGCAAAUAGCAAUGUUGUUUGUGCACCUUGUUGCUUAAAAACAAAAGCUUUCUCAGAUUUCACUAAUUUUAAAAUUAGUCGAGUUUUUGUUGUCAAAAUACUUACAAAACAAAAAAACAUGAAUUCUUCUUGUAAAAGGCACCCAUCCUUUUGAAAGAAAGUGUGCUGGGUAUGUGUCUGUCUUUUUCUUCCCYGUGUUUAAACUUAGUGCACCAAAUACACAGUGGGCUGAUUUUAGCUUCGCCUUUUCAGUUUUUUUCUGGAGUUAGAGAGCACACACCAUGUCUUUAGUAUUGAAGUGUCUGUUCUGAGAAAGUUUCUAGUAGAGGACUUACAUCUCCACAGUGAUACCGCCGUAAGUACUGUUACAAAAUGCACUUCUCUGUGGUUUGCAGAACAGCACAUAUUAGACCCCGGCAUAAAACAGCCAAAGAAAUGCCCAAGCACUCCUGUGUGGAGGAGGAGGUAGUUUCAGUGGAAAAGAGCCACAUCACAAGGGAAAGUUUUAAGUAAUUGCAAGACAAGGAUAAAUAAAGAGAAAACAUUUCUGGAUGUGAUUUAGCAUCAUGGGGAACAGGACGCUCAUUGACAGGCUGUCCUCAUCAUCCUAAUGCACACGCUAACUCCAUCAUACCCGAUGGAGAAGCAGAUGCCCCAAUGGUGGCAGUGCUGGCACUUGGUCCUAACACUAACUUUAAGACAACUCCAGUUGACUAAGGGAGGAGCUGCUCUGAGCUGGGAUUAGAAACCAAGCUAACGCAGAUCUUACGGUCUACUGUGCAUUUGACAUGCUGGGAUCUGGCUGGCUGUGCAUACUGUUGACCUGAUGUGUAAGUACAAUGCAACCACCCAUUCAAGAAUCUGAUGAGUGAACAUUAAAGAUUUGGGAUAAUAACUAAAAUGUAUGUCURUUUGAAUGAGUUUUAAUGUUUGUAAACAAUUCAGUUAGCAGUAUUUUAUUUUCUAUGGGAACUAGGCUGUGCUUUGUAGUGGCUUCUCCAGCUGUUUCAACCCAUUGUAUAAAGAUGCACAGUCUCACUGAGGUGGUGCCCUAGUGGCUUUUUCGGGGAUAUUCCAUGUGUGUUUUAGAGAACUGAAGAAGUUAAGUUACUUUUUAUACUGUGGUUAAAAAAAAAAAAAAAAAAAGUGAGAGGAAGAAAAUGUGUUAGCAAACUGUACAUACUUUCUGCAUAUUAUCUAUAGAAAAGAUAUAAUAUCACCUAUGCAAGGUUGCAAACUUGAUCUCCUAAAAAAGAGCCUUACAAAUUCGAUGUGAAAACCUAUGCAGCCUCUGUGCAUCUUGCAUUGAAACACACAGUUAUUUCUUCAGUUAGCAUAAGUGUAUUUUCCCUUAGAUCAUACUCUUGUCUUUGACAUUGUCAUAACAUUUUUUGUCAGGGAUCUUCAUGGUCUAUGAUAAUUGCAAUGUCUAUGAUGAGUACAACAUUUUAAAUGAGUUAGGACAUUUCACUAUUGUGAGGAUGUGUCCAGAUCUUCUCCUUUUGUCUCCUGAGCCCUUGCAUCUUGUAUCUCAACAAGACUUAAUUUCUGCUUUGCCUUUACUUCGGAGCAGCAGCGCUACCGGCCGUGUUCCACAUGUGUCCACCAGGUUUGGGAAUGCACUGCGGCCCUUGCUGUGUUUUGAUAGUGUCUUCUUCUCAUGCUCAGCUUGAAAUUAGUAUUUUGAGUGAAUAAUGACACUGAGAACUAGUUUAGAGCUCCACGUCACGUUUGACUCUAGCUCUCCUCUUACAUUACAACCUGGUGGCUCUUCAGCAAGGUCAAUCACCUGCGCUUUCUGGAAGAGGAGACGUCAGGGGAAGGCGAGCAUGACGGAUCUCGUGGAAGGAUAUGGGGCUCUUAUGCUGUGAGAAACUUAAAUUCACUUCUGCUACUGCUCUGAUCCUCAGAGAUUGAAGCUAAGAAGCA